CUGUGGAUAUUGUUGCCAACACCUUUUGUUAGUGAUCUUGAUGAAAGGGUUGACUGCAAAGACGAGCAACAUUUUCGAACUCCCAAAUCACAGUGGAAUUUGUAUAAAACCGAGCAAAUUCUACUAAUGCUAAUAAACACUGAAUAUUUGGUGGAACUGAUUUGUCAUGAAAGCUUGGACUAG